AUGAAAACCACCAAGGAGCAAGGGGAUGCUGAUGACAGCCCUAACAAAUUAUUGAAUGGCAAGCCGUCGGAAGAGAGUGGCUUGACUCGCUUUGCCGAAGAACGAGCUGCCAAGGAAGCUGCUAGAGCCAGCAGGGAUUCCGCUACUGCAGCUGUCCUUCCAGGAGCCGUCUUGCAACGCAGUCAGGACCGCAGAGCAACUCAAAAGGCCGCCAAGAACGACAAUGUGACUAAUAGUGCUGCUGUUGCGGGUUCUGUGACGACUACCAGUACUAGUACUGAUAAUGAUGCGGUCAUUCAACGUGGUCUUCGACGAUCCGCAGAAGAAAAAGCCGUCAAGGAGGCAGCUAGAUUGGCCACAAAACAUGGAGAAGCCGUUGGUGCUACUACUGACGCGACCAGCACUGACCCUAUCCAACGUGGCCUGCGUCGAUCAGCGGAAGAAAAAGCCGUCAAAGAGGCUGCCAGAAUGGCCACGAAACAGGGAGAAGCAGUAGGUACCUCGACUGAUGCUACCGGCACUGACCCUAUUCAACGUGGGCUGCGGAGAUCAGCCGAGGAAAAGGCAGUCAAAGAGGCUGCCAGAAUGGCCACAAAACAUGGAGAAGCAGUAGGUGCUUCCAACGACACAAAUGAUGCAGCCGUGGCAUCGGGAGAGGCUGUCAAAGUUCUUCCGGGAAAUAAUACGGGCAAUGGCGAGAUGCAGCCUGGGGCUCAUCGCGUAUCAGCAGUGGACAACAGCGGUGUCAAUAAUAACCACCGUGGUAGUACUGCCACCAAGAAAGGACUUGGUAGGAACAGCAUUGCGGCUGUGCAAAGAAGAAACGACGAGAGAGAAGCUCCCCAGAUGCCACUGGAUGGAGACUCCCCGAAUGCCCUGGACGACAAGAACGCGGCCGACGAUGCCGAAAGCCUUCGUGAAAAGAUCGCCGUCGCUUCUUCCGAAAGGUCCACAAACACGCUGACGCACCCGCGAGAGAAAAGUACAAAGGCACUAGUAGAGUCGCCCAAAGAAGAGGCAAAUAAUAUUGCAGUUUCCGCUCGGAGUUUUGACGUGGAGAGUCAACGUAGAGGCGAUGAACCAGAAAUCGUUGUGGACAAUGUGGAUGGGUUGGCUGUCGCCACGGCUGUGAUGGAUGAAUCCAGCAAACGCCAUUACCAAGAAGCCCAACAAGUAGAUGAUUUCAAGUUGCAAGAACAAGCGGCAGAGCAAGCGGAGAAAGAAAUGAAAGAGACACAGUGUCGUCGCAGUGGGCUUGCGAUCGUUUUGUGUUCAUUAUUGAUCAUUGGUCUCAGUCUCGGACCAUAUGAGAAUAUUGAUGAUGAUGAAUACAACCAUAAGAUUCAAGAAAUUCCAUGCGACUCUCUUGGGAGAUUGAUUUCUCUCCGACUUGAUUCUCUUGAGCUUUCUGGUCAUACACCUUAUGUUCCACAGGAGAUCACAAUGUUGAGAUCAUUGACAUUGCUUCAGUUGAGUUUCAGUGGAAUUGAUACUCCGAUAACAUCUUUGCUGCCCUCAGGACUCUUUAAUAUGGGGGCUUUAACACACCUGGAUCUGGCUGAUAAUUCGUUCACCGGUCUGAUCCCUUCGAAGCUUCAAGAGUUCUCAGGAUUAAGAUAUUUGACCUUGGAUGGCAACGAAUUCACAGGUCCAAUACCUUUGGAACUCCUACGUUUGCCUGACUUGACAACAUUAUUUUUGGAUGACAAUCAAUUAUCAGGUCAAAUCCCCUCCGAGUUAGGGCUAUUGACUCGUGUGACAGAUUUGGCAUUGAACAGGAACAAACUCACAGGCCAGCUUCCCUCGGAAAUUGCUCAGUUGAAGUCUUUGGAUUAUCUGUGGUUGCAGAAGAAUCAGCUUUCUGGUGAAAUUCCAUCAUUUCUUGGAGACAUGAUUCGAUUGGAAGAAUUGAGGAUCAGUGAGAAUGAGCUGACAGGAGAAUUUCCCAAAGAGCUUGGGAGUUUGAAGUUUCUGACCUCCUUGUUUCUGUUCAAGAAUCAGCUUACUGGGACCCUACCAAAGGAGCUUGGAUUUUUGAUGGAUUUGAUGGAUUUGAGGCUCUAUGACAACCUUUUCACAGGUACAUUUUGUCAGAGCUGGGACUCUUGGCUUCCUUGGCUUCAUUGCGGCUUCAAGGGAAUGAGCUAA